AUGGGUGCAGAUUCGAAUUUGCAUAGACAAAGAACAUGGACCGAUCUUCCCAUGGAGAUUUUAUCAUUCAUUGCCAUUCGACUACGAUUACUUGAACUCUUGAGUUUUCGAGGGACAUGCAAAGAUUUUCGAUCAGCUUCAACCACUGCGACCGCAAAAAUCGAAUCUUUAAAAAAACCAUGGCUACUAUUCCACAAACCCGGGGAUUCCAAAUGCGUAAUCUACAAUGAAGACGGCUCAAAAACCUACAAUCGCCACAUUCCUGACCUCAUUGACGCGAUUUGUCUCGCGUCAUAUCAAGGGUGGCUACUUCUAUACAAAAACGAAUCAAUAUUCUUCUUUUCCCCAUUCUCUCUCUCCAAAAUCCCUCUCCCGGAUUUUCCCCGAAAACAAACCACCGAUGGCCUCGUGGGCCAUGUGGCCUCGUUUUCCGAACCCCCCACCUCCCCUAACUGCAUUGUCUCCAUCAUCAACCCUAUCGAAAACUCGCAUUUCGAAAUAAACAUGAUUUCAAAGGGGCAAGACAAGUGGACUCAACACAAGAUUACUCCGUUUAGUAUUGGUACCGUUUCUGGAGCGAUAUUCGACCACGAGAGCAAGAUGUUCUACUACAUGUAUGGAGAGAAUAAGGUUUUGACAUUUUCGGUUAUGGAUAAGAAAUGGAAGCCGUACAAGAUCGUGUCUGAACGAAAAGGCGAUAUCGAAGAAUAUCUGCCUUAUAUGUACUUUGAAAACAUGUUUGAUAAGUUUAUGAAGACACAUGGGUUGUUGAAUCUUGAAGAAGAUGAAUAUGUUGAUGUUUGUGGAUUAACAUUUGAACCAGAAAACUCAUCUUAUCCAAGAAUGUAUUUAAAUGAAGCUAUAGAUGUUUCUCCCACCAAAACACGUAUGUCUAAGGCUGUUUGGAUUCAACCACGGUUCUAUGAAGCACACAAGGAUCUGCAUUGGUAAUCAUUUGGCGCCAAAUUUAUAUUAGGGUUUGGUCAUGUUUUUUU